GGCCUGGCCGCAGUCAGGUUCAGAGUGCCGUGCAUCAGCCUUCUGCACAUGUGUACACGUUUAAACCGGCAGGAGCGGCCGAGAACGCUGUUGUCGAUCUGAUCUGACCGAGUCUUACCUUUUUAAAAGAAGUUUCAUUCCGAUUGCUUAGUUGGAUACAACUCAUGGUAUUAGUAUUCAAAGUGAACCGCAGAUGCUGGAAAUCUGAAAUUUAAAAAAAUGAACAGAAUGGAGACAAGUGAUAGACAUAGCAACAUCUUGAGUUGUUUAUUUUGGGAUUCCAGCAGGAUCAGAAAGUGUUAUUGAAACCUAGUAAACAGCAUUGGAAUGGGGAAGAAGAAGGAAAGACUGAGUUCUGCUCAGGAUGAUGAGGCGUCUGAUAAUCAUGUGCCUCAAUGUACUCACUUUCAUAAGGGAUUGAACCAACGCAAGGUUAAGAAAGUUUUUGACCAGGAUUGGUGCGAUGCUUGUGAUGUCUGCAAAGCUGAGGACAAAACCAAGAGCAAAUGUGAGGAAACUGAUGAAACGCCAACCAUCUGGUUAUGCUUAAAAUGUGGGCAUAAGGGUUGUGGGAGGAAUUCAGAAGGACAACAUGCUCUUAAACAUUACAAGGGGCCACAUUCAGAUACACAUUCUGUGGCUCUUUGUUUGGACAACUGGAGCACCUGGUGCUAUUUGUGUGAUAAUGCAGUACAUUAUGAACCCACGGACCAGUUAGGACAACUUGUAAGCCUUGUCAAAAAAAUGGUUGCUGGCAAAUCCACUAAAGAAGCUACAUUCCCUCUGUCACAUGAAAAUGAUAAUGAUAAGGGAAGACAAGACAAUGAAACAGAUGCUGAGAAAGAAAGCAGUUGGGAAGAGAAGAACCAGCAAAUAUCAGUGAAAGGACUUAGCAAUCUUGGGAAUACAUGUUUUUUCAAUGCUGUCAUACAGAUCUUGUCGCAGACCUAUGUGCUGAAUGAGAUGAUUCGUGGAACAAAAAUGAAUGGAAAUACAUUGACAAUUAUAACUCCUAAUUCUUCAGACCUGGAACCUCUAGAGAUACACACUGAGCAACUAGGCCCACUGUCAUCUGCAAUGCAUCAAUUUCUUCUUGAUAUUCAACACACCAAAAAGAGUGUUGUUACUCCAAAGGAGCUGUUCACUCAAGUCUGUAAAAAGGCCGUGCGCUUUAAAGGGUUUCAACAGCAAGAUAGCCAGGAGUUACUUCAUUAUUUAUUAGAUGGAAUGAGAACCGAGGAGAUCAAACGAUUUGGUGCUGCCAUUUUAAAAGCCUUAAAUUAUCCUUCAGAGAAGAGAGAAGAUGAAGAAUCCAGGAAAAUCAGGAAAGUAUAUGAAAAUGAAGCUUCCAUGCUGAAUUUUGUUGAUCAGGUUUUUGGUGGGACUUUGACAAAUACAAUCAUGUGUGAGGAAUGUAAAAUGGUUACAUUAGUGAAAGAAACCUUUUUAGACUUGUCACUACCUGUUUUGGAUGAUCAGGGGGACAAGAAGAAAUUCCAGGGAAAGGGUGGAAGAAACACUACUGAAAAUGAUGAAAAUGAAAAUCUUGGUCGUUGUAAUGGAAAUUUUAUCUCUAAGGACAGAAAUGAAAUUUCAACUGGCCCGAGCAAAUAUGAACAAAAGAAGGCAAAGAAACAAGCUAAAAAGCAAGCCAAACACCAUCGCCAACAGCAGAAAUCUCAAGCGAAAACGCUUAGUUUAGAGGAUUCCAGUGUCAAAUGUUCUUUGGAUGAAGGUCAGAGAGGAAAACUUGAUGCCUCUGCAGAAGGCAAUGAAGACCUAGACUCAAAUGGCAUUGAAGCAGAGGCCUCUCCAGAAUCAGAUAAAUGUGACAGCUUAUCAACUGACCAUUGUCUUGCGACCACAGCAAAAGAAACAGUGGCAGUUAAUGGUCAAGAAGUGAGCCAAGAAAAUCUAGAUGUUGAAGAAGGCAGCAAAUCUGCCGAAACUGAACAAAAAGAAAGGCACUCUGAUUCCCAUAACUCCAAGGACUCUGACACUUCAGAUACAUUAGAGUCGAACAGAAUUUCAGAGGACCUAGUUAGUGGAUCCAGUGAAGAUGAUGAAACUAUUACCAAUAAUAUGAAUAAACUGAAUCUCAAUGAGUACGUGACAAAUCAUGAUGAAAUAACUUCAAAUCAAGUGGAGUGUGAGAGUGAUUCUGGAACUUCAAAUGAUCGACUCUCUUCCAUUAAAACUGAACAGGUGUUGUUUUUGGAUCCGGAGAAAGCAUUUUGCACAUCUACAAACGGGAAGCUGCUAAGUGGAAAAGACUGCUCUAUUGAGGCUUGUUUACAGCAGUUCACUCAGAUAGAAAAUCUCACCGGAGCAAAUAAACUACUUUGUGAAAAAUGUACCCAAAGGCAGUACAAAAGUGGAAUGAAGAGCAAUGCAAAUGCAGAUGACAAGUGGGUGUAUAGGAAUGCCAAGAAACAAACACUUAUUUCGUCAUUUCCCCCAAUUCUUAUACUUCAUUUGAAAAGGUUUCAUCAGCUGGGAUUCAAUCUUCGUAAAAUAAACAAGCAUAUCCAUUUCCCACAAGUUCUUGAUCUUACUCCAUUCUGUGCAGUGAACUGCAAGAAUGUUGAAGGCUAUACAAAUAUAUUAUACAGUCUCUAUGGAGUUGUGGAACACAGUGGCACAAUGAGAUCUGGACAUUAUACGGCUUAUGUCAAAGUGCGAGCUCCCAGAAAACACCUUUCUGAAUAUGCACUCUCUAGAUGUAAAGUCCCAAUCAUCAGUGCAGAGGCACCCAGGGGAAGGUGGUUCCACGUAAGUGAUACCUCUGUGAAAGCAGUGGCAGAGUCUGACGUAAUGAAUGCACAAGCCUACCUCCUGUUCUAUGAGAGGAUCUUUUAAUUUUUGCCGAUAAAAUGACUUAUUGAUCACAUUCAUUUGUACCAGAAUGGUCUACUUUUGUUUGAGGGAAAAAAAAUGGAAUCUAUGCAACAUUUAUCAAAUGAAAACAGUGACUGUGACAAGCACCAAAAAUAUUAUCUGUAUGAUCUGUAAAUUAGUCUUUCUAAACCACUAAGAUUACCAUGUAUUUUCCUACAUAUUAAACAUUGCUUUUUUAAAAGUAAGCAGUGAUACUUUGGGAGAAUAAAAUUGAUUGUUUGAUAGCAGAAUAAAUUUCAGCAUCCUCUGAGUAAUUUUGAAACAUUCAUUGAUGUAUCCUAUUACAUGUAAAAUGAGUUGGGAGAAUAUGCAGGUUUUAAUUAGGUUCAAUUUUAAUGGAGAAUGCUUAGCGGUUCCACUUAUUUACAUGUAAAAUGAAGACGGGUAUUGAUAGGAUCUGUUAGUUUUUUCCAUUCACUAAGGAUCAACAGAUACUUAUUGAGUGAUUUGUUUCAUAUGUAUGACAUGCUGAAUUUCAAUGUUGUAAGCUUUGUCUCAGGAAAUUGCAAUUAAUAAAAUUUAAUUAUUGUCUUA